GAGUGAGGAGCAGAGCCUGGGAGUGAGGAGCAGAGCAGCUCACACCCCCCCCCUCCCCCUCCCCAGCGGCGCCCUGUAAUCCCCGCACACGGGGAAAUACAAUCUGUUGAAGGGAGUAGAAAGUAGACCUGCGUGAACAAAUUUGCUGCAAGGAGUGAACGGGCCAAUAAAAGCAUCUUUUGUUUAAGGGAUGGCAUUCCCUGUGGAUUUACUUGCGGAUUUGGACCAUGAAGACAUCGAGCAGUCUGCAGACGAGUACAUGUCUGAUCUUCUGUAUGGUGACCCUGACAAGCUGGAGUACUUCAUGCUGCCCACCAGAAGGAAGAUUCCAAUCAGUCUCUCCUCUGUUGGUUUCGUUCCUCUCUAUGGUAAUGAUGUGACCCAUAAGGUUUUGGCCUUGUUUGCCCCAGAGGAUCAGUCCGUAGCUGUGGCAUUGUACGUAGUGGAUAGAUGGUGGGCAAUCGAUGACAUCGUCAAAACAGCUGAACCAUCCCGUCAAGGUCUCCAGCAGGUAAAUUUGCUGGGGGAGAGAAUCGUCCUAUACGUACUGAAUCGCAUCAUUUACAGAGAUCAGGAGAUGAGCGCAGACGAGCUCCCUUUUCUGUGUCACAGUGCUACCGAGAACGCAAAAAUUCUUUGGAAGUCUGGCAAAGCAAUUGGCUUCUACUCCAUCAAAACAACAGGAAGCCAGUGCAACACAUUCCUAACCCAAUGCUACCAGCUGCCAGUGCUAGACACCAUCUUUGUGAGGAAGAAGCACAGAGGAAAGGGCUACGGACUCCAAAUGCUGGAAGAUUUUGUUGAUUCUUUCACGGAGGAUAUGUUGGGUUUGAAAUACCCAAUUCCACCCUCUAUGUAUGGAGUUUGUAGGAAGUACUUGGAGAAUUAUCCCGACGACCGGGACCUUCUCUGGGAAGUUGAGGGCAUCGGACACAUGUUCCAGAGAGCUCUUAUUGCUGACAGACUGCAAGCACAGAUUUCUGCCAAAGAAGACAUGGACAUUGCACAGGCUGAUCAGCAACAAGCAGCAAGUGAGGAGACUCUAUCCCUGCCCGUAGCUGAGAGUGAACUUCAAACCCAACUGACAGAAGAAAUGGAGAAUGAGCCAAAAACAAUGGAACUAUCUACUGAUGCCUACGUUUCCAGAGAGUUCCCGGUUGCCUCUUCAAGUGUGUUUGAAGAGCUCACAAGGCCACCGGUUAGUAAGCGAGGAAGGAGUAGUCGAUCCAAACGGCCCAAAGUAGAGAAACAACUGAUCGAGCCUGAACAAAAGCCUCUGAAUAACGAAGAGGAGCCCAGCACAUUAGAGGUGCCUGAGGAGCCUUUGAACAGCACUGAGCCCAACACAGAGGAAACUGAAAACACUGCACAAACAAUGGAAGAGCAGGAAGAGUGCCCGGUUCUACAGGAUUCUGCAGAAAAUCAGCUUGAAAUGACACCUGGUGAUGUUUUGUUGUGCCACAUUGAAGUGUUGGAGCAAGAGGCUGACGAGGAUAAGGACUUUUUAUUGGAGCCAGAACCUGAACCACAGCCAGAAACAGUGAACGGUGAGGUGACUGAUGAAGCUACUCAGGAAUCAACAAAAACCGAAGAGGAGAUUCCUAAGGAUACAGUGAAGCCUGAAGAGGAGAUUGCUGAAGAGUCAGUGAGAGAUGAUGAGGAGGAGGAGGAGGAAGAGGAUGAGGAGGAGGAGGAAGAGGAGGAGGUUGCUGAGGAUGCAGAAAAACCUGAGCAGGAGAUUGCCGAAGAUGUGACUAAAGAUGAUGAAGAUGAUGAGAUUACUGAGGAAUCAAUAAGACCUGAGGAGGAAGCUGCCAAUGGAGGUCCUUCUGAGCAGCUAGAUGAUGAACCUGAAGAUCCAGGAGCUACACAGGAACUUCAAGAUCAAAAUGAAGUCAAUGAGAUGGAAGAGGAUGUUGAAGGUGCUCAAGAUGUUACUGCACAGGACCAAGCGGCAGAGGCUGACCCAGUGACCGUGGUAGAAGAUAACAGCAGCUCUUCCAAUCAUCAUGCAUCUGCCCCAAAGGAAGAUCAUUCAGCUGAAAGCACUAAGGAAAUCCCUGAGCCAGCUAAGGAGGAGCCAUCUGAUAAUGGCCACAUUUCAGUUGAUGAGGAAGUAUCUCAGCAUUGUUCUUUGGAGAAUGAGGGCAUUUCUGUUGAUCAUCCAAAAACUGAUUCAGCAGCACAUGAAAGUGAGCAAGGGGAGUCCAAUGCCCCAAUGGACCUUAGUCGAGGUCCCCUAAUCUUGGUUGAACUCGAUGACGUUUCACAGAAGCAGACCCCGUCAGAUGAACCAAAGGAGUCUGAUGACCUGAAGAGCCAGCCGUCGCCAGCUGUAGUUGAGAAGACCGCUGAGAGCAGUUCAGAGGAGACUGAGAUGGAGGUGCCAGUGGUGGACAGGAGAAACUUGCGGAGAAAGGGGAAGGCAAACAAAGGACCUCCUAAGAAACGGAGCAAGGUAGCAGCUUAAGUCCAAGUUACGCCUAAUGUGUGUAACUCAUUAUAACCUACUGUUACCGAAACUCUUAAUAGAACAGAAUUUCAAGAGUUUUCCAAAAAAAUUGAUCCUUAGCCAGUAUUUGGGCCACCGGUUAAGUGAAGUGCUGUGGAUCCAGUGCAGUAUUCUGUGACAGCUUGAUAAUACAAGCCUCAUUUUCCUGUACUCCAUUAACAGACGCUAGCAUUAAUCAAACGCAAAUCUUUAAAAAUGAAGAUCCAUUUCCAAUGCAGAAUUUUGUUGUCUCUUGCAUCCUCUUCCAGAGGCUGUGAAAAGUGGGGGAAAAUCCUCAUCUGUGAGGCAAAUCUGUUUUGGGUGGGUUUUGUUUCCAUCUCUGACUUUAUUAAUUCUCAAAUGCUAAUGUUACAGAGUUCAACCUGAUCCUGCCACUGUUUAGUUUGGUAAUGUAUUACAGGAGAGUGAUCUAUAAAAGCAAAUUUAGUAGCAACCAAGUUGUCUGUGUUUUUUAAAAUGUUUUUAAUUUUUUAAAAAAAUACUUUCUAUUAGCUGUAAUGUUUUUAUAUUGUAACUAACUUGCUGAAGUCUUGGCUCUUAGUGGUGUUUCCCUCCCUCUACUUUCUCUCUCUUUCCUCUUCCCUAUCCCCACACACACUACAAAUUUUCAAUUAUACUCCAAUGCUUUACUCUGUUGCAUGCAAUGGAGAUCCUUUGUGUAGAAAAGCCUGUUUAAUGCAUCAAACUGAAUAGGUUUAAACUGAGCCCUGUAAGUACUUGUAUACAUAUGCUGUAAACUUAAGGUAGGAGCUCUCAGCACACAGAUAUUCUGGCGUUUCCAGUUGUGGAGGACUGUUUAUUGUUAGGUGCUGACUGUUUAAUCUUAGUGUAGAUUUAUUAUUUGUCUGUGUUCUAACGUAGGAAUAGAGUGGAGAGGGCAGGAAAGGGAUUUGAUUAUUGUCAUCAUAAAAACUAUCUCAAACAGAUUUUUUGAUCCAACAAAUUCAUAUGAUCUCGGAUACUGUUUGCUACUGAUGGACAUCAAUUCUGGGGAAUUCCGUUUCUCCCUCAAACUUUGUUUUAAAAAUUCUGAAAAUGCAAAGCUUGCCAAAGCCUUUGAAAUCGAAUCAAGUAAGAUCUGCCCCCACACCCCCCGACGACAUCCACAGAAUAAUGAAAGUGAACUGCAACUUACUUUUUAAAUCCAGUUCUAAUGUAACCAAUAGUAUUGUUUUAACAAACUUCUUUCAUGUGGAAUUUGGUCAGCGGAGAGAGACACGGUCUAGGAAUUUAAAGUAAAAAGCAGAUUGGUUGAAUAUAAACAUACUCUUGAUCUCAGCUGAUGAUCAUUUCCCUAUGUUACUGUUCUAUGCAGCUAAUUGUAAGGAUCGUUAAUGAAAACGCACCUAUUCAUUUCCACUGCUGUGGUUUUAUGGCUGGUGUGGUCCGUCACUAACUGUUUCGAAUAUCUGCUUUUUAUUUAGUCAGAAAAUACAAACCAAAUCUGUUCCGUGUGCCUACUCCUCUCAGCAAUAGAUCUGUUGUAACUCAUUUUAACAUGGCAUCUGGGGAGGGAAUGUUGAAAUAUUUUAAUACAUUGUGCUAUUUCAGUAGAUAACCUUGGUGUAUUUACUAAUUUAUAUUGGUACACUAGAAUGUUAGGUUUUUUGUAUGAUCUAGUUUUUACAGUGAAUAUGUGUUGUGAUUAAAGUGUCUUGUUUUUUUUCUUGCUGGAUGUAGUCAAAUUGUGCUGAUUUAUUGACUAAAGAUACUAUCGAGACCUAUAAUAUGGGCUUGAGUUAUGUAAAUUUAUCAAAUUGUCUUAUCUGUCACUUCGUAAUCAAAAUUAACUUUUUGCUGCAUUGAAUCUCACAAAUCAAACCAUUUACAUGUGCAGCAUAAUAUACCUGUUGGAUUUUUUCAUUAUUAUGACAGAUAUUUAAAAAACGUCAAUUUUAUUUUCAAAACCAGUGUUGCAUAAUGCAAGGGAUUAGAAGGGGAAGGAAAUCCAACAUUAAGUGUGAGGGUCGUACAAUAAUAAUUAAUAAUUAUAAUCCUUGCAUUUGAUAUAGAGGCUUUCAUGUCAGGAGGUCGUCUUAAAGUGCUUCAUAGGAUUUAUUGAAAGUACAGGGACUGUAUUUUGUAGGCUUGGAACUUUGUCACGUUGUGCCAACACCCCAAAAAUACACACACGGGGAAUUACUGACAGCAAGUCAGUACUGACACCACACCAUUUCUAUUUAAAUUAUUACAUUAAAUUUAAUUUCUUAUUUAGGUUACAGUGCAGUUCAUUUGACAGGGAUUUUGUUGAAUAUUGGGUUAAUUCCUAGAUAAUUGUCUAGCUUUGGAAAAAUAAAUGAAAAAAAGAAAAAAUAUUGCUUCUUAAAGCCUGUUUGCAAAUGGGAUUUCCUCAGCUUCAUUGUUGCAUUGCGAUGAAUGUAACUUUGUUUUUACUAACCAAAAGUAUUCCAGCUAAUGUUGGGAUCUAACAGUACAAUAAAACAACUUGUUGGGUAGAACACAAACCAUUCAGUCUCCACACCAGUCACCCCAGUCUGUUAGGAUAAGAAACUAGGAUUGAUGAAAAAUCAUGUUUCCACUUUAAAGUGUCCGUAUGAUGCAGGCAAUUGCCUCAUAUUGAUGUGGCAGUACUAGAACAGCAUAUUGAACUUUCAGAUCGUUGUUUUCUGCUGAUGACCGUAAAAGGGUUCAGGCCCAUUAUAUUCUCUUCAUGUUGAAUUAGGACAACGCAGAUAAGAAUUUCUAGCUGUAUUUUUAAUUUCUACUUAAGAUAGUUUUGAAAGGAAUUCACAGCGCUGUAAAUGAUGUGAAUCCUUUCCCUGCCUGUCAUGGUGAUGACUAAAAUGGUCUCCUGUAAACCUAUGUUUGUAAUUAAAAAGUACUUUUCUUCAAAA